AUGGAGUAUAAAGUGGAAUACGUGGAUAGUAUAGAUGUGGAAGAAGUACAAAGACUGCGUGCAGCUACUGGUUUACGUCGUCAUUCAACUGAGGGUGACAGCAUUGCAUCAAGAAAUUCAAUUUGUGAUGUUGUUGCCAAGACAGAGGCCGGUGAAGUUGUUGGUAUGGGUCGUCUCAUCGGUGACGGCGGGACAUUUUGUGUAUUAACGAACGUGUGCGUAUUACCAGAGCACCAACGUAAAGGUGUUGGUACAAUGGUAAUGGAAAAAAUUGCAAGUUUUAUGGAAGAGAAACUACCAAAGAAUUGUUUUAUUUGCUUGCUUUCAACACCAGAAGGAAAAAGGUUUUAUGAGAAAUUUGGUUACACAGAGACUAGUGCAAUAAACCGAACGGCAAUGUUUAUGCGUACAUAA